AACUGACUGUAGAUUCGUAAUCAGUGACUAAGUUUUAUGAGAAUCCAACAAUUUUUUGAAAAUUUGUCCGCUUUUCUUCGUCAAAAUAAUCAUUUAAAUUGGAAGAGCUCAUCCGCAAAGAAGAUGGUGGGACGGACGAGCUUCAAGUCAUUCCACCAAAGAGAAAACACAUUCAGGAACAACAGACCGAAGCCAUACCCUGCAGAAAGAAAUUAUUUAUCUACAAACGCAGCCACACCAGAACCGUCGCUAAUUUCCAUCUCCGAAACUCAUUCAUCCACUCGCUUCAAAUCUUUCCCUGGUGUCAGGGAUUGUCUCAGGCAACAAUGGGAGCAGGAAGGACUAAAAGAAGAUGCAAUUGAUAUAUUGACAGCCACAAUAACGACAAGCACUGUGAAGCAAUAUAACUCGAUGCUCAAACAAUGGUGUUUAUUUUGCGAGGAGGAAGAAUUCGACCCUUUCAACUCAGAUAAGAAUACAGUUCUCCAAUUUCUCUCCAAGAGGUUCGCCGAAGGAGCCGGUUACAGCACUUUGAACUCGAUGAGGUCAUCCAUUUCUCUGAUAAAUAUUCAAGAUUUAUCAAACAGACUCCUCAUCCAGAGAUUUUUUAAAGGAGUUUUUAAAUUACGCCCUCCCGCUCCUCGAUACGAUUCAACUUGGGACGUAAGCGUUGUAUUAAAUAAAUUAGAAGAAUGA